AUGAAGAAAAUUUUGAAUGUUACUUUUUAUGCACUUUUUUUAAAUCUGUAUAUAUUUGCGAAUGAUGCGAAACUGAUAGACAAUUCUCCAAAUAAUGGAUAUAUAAAUCAGAAGAAAUAUAAUUUAAGGAAUAACAUGCCUAUAAAAAACAUUUCUCCACAAGAUGCACAAAAUAAUUUAGAGGCAAAAAAUAGUAACGAAAAUAAUGCAUAUGAAGGUAAUACUGAUGUACUAGAAAAUGUACAUAAUGCCGCUAACAUCUUAAACAAGCAAAAAUAUGAAGAAUUUGGAGAUAGUAAUACAAGUUCAAACUUUGCUAAAUCGUUUAAACAUACCCAUACGAAUGCUCAACUAUUAAUUCCUAUGGAUCCACAAUUACAACAACCAACAUCAUCAGAUCCACAUAAUAGUAUGCAUACUGUUUUAGGAAAUGAUGCUGAAGAAGGUAAGGGUCCUGGGACAGCUCAAGAACCAAUUAAUCAGCCGGAAAGUAGAAAAACAUUAGAAGAAGAAGAAAAAGAUAAAAAGGUAUUAUCAGAAGAGCAGUCAAGAACAAAAGCACCAGAACUACCACAAUCUUCUGUAGAAACGGAAGGGGAACACUCAACCACAGGUAUUGAACAACCAGGGAAGGAUUUAUCAACAGGGGUAGAUUCACCACAGGGAAUAGUCCCACCACAAGUAGUUUUACCAGGAUCAGAUCCAUCGGAAAGAACAGUUCCCUCAAAAGAGGUAGAUGUAGAUCCACCACCAUCAGAACCCUCAACAUUAGCUCGAGUUCCGCAGGAAAAAAGCGCAUCCUCAGGACCUGAAAAAAAAGAGGACAUUCAAUCGAAAUCAGAUCCAAAUUCAAACGUAUAUCAAAAAGAACAAGGUUUAGGUCUAACUACAGAUAUAAGUGUACAAACAGACUCAGCUCAAGAAUUAAAGGAACAACGUGAUCAAUCGCACCAAGAAAGAAAAGGAGAAGAAAGACCAGAGACACAAGAUUUAGGUACAUUGUCAACAAAUGAAGACCCAUCAGGAGAACCAUUAGAACAGCAAAGGGGGGAUGGUAAAAUAAAGGAUGAUGCAGCAGAGGAUGAAAAUAGUGCAACAGUAGAGAAAUCAAGAGUAUCAGAAGGAUUAUCAAAUAGCGAUGAGGAAGCACAAGAUCAUUUACCAUCACCACCACAAGAAGAAGAACAACGACAACAAAUGCAACAACUAUCACAGCAAGAAGAAAGGUCAGAAGAAGCCCAAAAUAAGGAAGAAAACAAUGUACUACAUACAGUAAGUAUACUUCCAGGAGAAAGUGCUAAUAUAUUGGACAAGAACGAAGAAGUUGUAGAGGAAAAAGAAGAACAUAUAGAAGAGGACGAAGAGGAAGAGGAGGAAGGAAGACAAAAAGAAGAAAUGAACGUUUACCAAGAGGAAGCAGAAACAAACAAUGAAGAAGAAAAGGAAGAGGAUUAUGAAGAAGAUGAAAUAGAGGAGGUAGUAGGGGGAGGAAAAAAAAACAAUGAUUCAUCAAUUGGCACUGAGGUUAGGAAAAUUCUUUCUGGAGAAUAUGACGAUAUGAAUAAAUUUAAAACCAUAACCGAAAUUUCAAUUAAAUCAUUAAUAAAUUCAUUUGAUGGUAACAACAAAGUUACGAACAUACUUAACGACCUAGUAAAAGAUAUGGCUCACUUUUAUUUAAAAUCAUAA